CUUUAUAAUCUAACACUACAGAAAAAAACUAGGGUUUUUGAGUCGCAGAGAAGGCUUCUGGCAUUGGCAUAUACGAAGAGCCAGGCAGCCGCAUCGUCGUCAUUGCUCUGCAAAGCUCAUAAUCUCCUCCAACCAUGGCUGUAGGUAAGAACAAGAGGAUUUCCAAGGGAAAGAAGGGAGGCAAGAAGAAGGCAGCGGAUCCGUUUUCCAAGAAGGAUUGGUAUGAUAUCAAAGCUCCUGCAAUGUUCACCCACAAGAAUGUCGGGAAGACUCUCGUCUCCCGCACUCAGGGUACCAAGAUUGCUUCAGAAGGGCUCAAGCACAGAGUGUUUGAGGUUUCCCUAGGUGACCUUCAAAAUGAUGAAGAUCAUGCCUUCAGGAAGAUCCGGUUGAGGGCUGAGGAUGUGCAGGGAAAGAAUGUUCUGACUAAUUUCUGGGGAAUGGAUUUCACCACAGACAAGCUGAGAUCAUUGGUCAGGAAAUGGCAGACUUUAAUAGAGUCUCAUGUUGAUGUGAAGACUACUGACAACUACACUUUGAGGUUGUUUUGCAUUGCUUUCACUAAGAGGCGCCCAAAUCAGGUCAAGAGAACCUGCUAUGCCCAAUCUAGCCAGAUCAGACAGAUCCGAAGGAAGAUGAGGGAAAUUAUGAUUGCUCAAGCAGCAUCUUGUGAUCUUAAGGAGUUGGUUCAGAAGUUCAUUCCUGAAGCCAUCGGGAAAGAGAUUGAGAAGGCAACCUCAGGAAUCUAUCCUCUGCAGAAUGUCUUCAUCAGGAAAGUGAAGAUCUUGAAGGCACCAAAGUUCGAUAUCGGCAAAUUGAUGGAGGUCCAUGGUGAUUACUCUGAAGAUGUUGGUGUGAAGGUAGAAAGACCUGCAGUUGAUGAAACAAUGGCUGAAGCCCCACCAGCUGCUGAACCUGUUGCUGCUUAAGGAGAUAGAUUGAAUGAACUUCCCCUACGGCCUCUUCUUUCCUGUUCCCCCUAGUCAUUGCCAGAUUAAUCUUGGUUGGAACAAUGGUUGUCAGUAUUUUGCUAGGAAAGAUGUUUUUGGUCUGAUUAGUUUGUGAUUUUAAUUAAAUGGAAGAGCUUUAUAUACAGUUUUGUCUAAGUAAUGAAAUCUGUUGUUUAAUCAUUAAUUUGGAUUCUUAUAAGAACAUCCGCAUUGUUAUACAUUCUCAAUUGCAAUGGAAUGAUUGUUUGCAAUUAUUGCAAAACCAAUUGCAUUAUUUGUAAGUUAAGUUUGCAAUUCUAUGUGCAAAUCAAAAAGUAAAAAUGGA